AUGAAUAUUUUGUUUUUAACUUUUUUAUUAAUUGGAAGUUCUCUUUCUGUACAUCAUGAUUACAAAGGAUUUGACGACACCAUUCUAUUUUCAAUCAAUUGGCCUGGCUCUCCAGGAGUGUUAGAGAAUUUAGUAAAUAUUAAAGAAAUUAAACCUGAGGAAAAUCAGUUAAAAGUGACAACAACACAAAAGGAGCAAUAUGAAUGUCAUUUGCCAAUAUUAAAGGAUAAAGUAACAACAAAUGUUGAGGAUUAUGAUGGUCCAACACCAUUUGAUUUAUUGAAGCCAAUAUUUUCUCAGAAGAUUUGUUCGUACCGUUUAGAAAGCUACUGGAGCUAUGAAGUCUGUCACGGACGGCAUGUUAGGCAAUAUCAUGAAGAUCGGGAAGGUAAAGAACAUAAGACCCACGAGUUCUUCUUAGGACGUUGGUCAGACGAAGAACAUUUGAAGCUUAGCAGUGAAGUAAAGGCUUUACAAGAGGCUAAAGAGAAGCCCAAGACUACAAAAGUUCAGGGCUCAUCGUUACCUUACGUGGAGAUUGCUAUGAGCGAUGGCACCGUUUGCGAUUUGAGCGGUCAGCCUCGCAAAGCGAGAGUGCUGUAUGUGUGUUACACGCAUGGCAAACAUGAGAUUUACUCGAUGAAAGAAACCUCAACUUGUGAAUAUGAAAUUAUAAUUCUAUCGGGAUUGUUAUGCGAGCAUCCCCAAUUCAAGCCCAAAGAUGUAUCUGAAAAUGUAAUUAAUUGUCUGCCGAUUGGCGAUGCACCCAAGAAACCGAGAAACCUAUUGAAAAGCGAAGUCGACAGCCUCCGGCUGAAUCAUCAGUCGAUAAGAUUGACCAAUGAUGAGGCGGAUAAGGAUGUACUCGCCGUUUUGAAAGUUGAAAAGAUUGAAAAGGACGGUGAAACUCAUUUGAAGUUCGAGUUGCAUCCGUUGUCUGAAGAGGCCGAAGUGGUUCAAAACCAAAUAGGAGAAGACAAACCCGCUCCCGUCACCGACGACUCCCCGGUGCGGGCCUUUCUCAACGGAGAGAACUGUUUGAAUGGGGGCACCGGCUGGUGGAAGUACGAGUUCUGCUUCGGCCAACACGUGGUGCAGUACCACGUGGACCGAGCCGGCGAACGCACGUCUCUCACGUUGGGGGAGUUCGACGAAGAGGCGCAUCUGCAGUGGAUCAAAGAAAACCCGGCCAAAGCGCCCAAACCCGUCGAAAUCCGCACUUCGGUAUCGCAUUUCUACUCGAACGGCGACGUUUGCGAUAAAACGGGCAAAGCUCGUCAGACGGAAGUAAAGCUCAAAUGCCUGGAGAACUCGUCUAGUCCGGCCCAAGUGUCCCUUUACCUUCUGGAGCCCAGGACCUGCAACUACAUCCUCGGAGUGGAGUCGCCUCUGAUCUGCGAGAUCCUGCCUUUGGCCGACGAGAACGGCCUCAUCAAAAUCAAAGCGUUCAAGGGUGAUUAG